AAGAUUUCACACAGUCCCUCACUUCUUUAAGCUCCAAAAAGGGCAAAGAAGGAAAAUUGCAGGGUGCAGCAGGGGAUCGCAGCCCAAGAACAGAGCAAUGGGUUUCUUAUUCCCAGCUGCGAUUCUAGCCCUCUCCAUUUUCCUCCACCAAACAAAUGCACAAAUUUCCAACACUACCCUCGACGCCGUCGCCGGAAACCUAGCCGGAAGCUGCAACCUGUACCAAGGGAAAUGGGUUUUCGACUCUUCUUACCCUCUGUACGACGCCUCCACUUGCCCCUUUGUAGAUCCACAGUUCAAUUGCCAGAAGUACGGCCGUCCCGACAAGUCGUACCUCAAGUAUCGGUGGCAGCCAACCGCCUGCGCCCUCCCCAGGUUUAAUGGGGUGAGGUUCUUGGAGAAAUGGAGAGGGAAGAAGAUCAUGUUCGUGGGGGAUUCGUUGAGCUUGAACCAGUGGGAAUCGCUGGCUUGUAUGAUCCAUGCAUGGCUGCCCAAUUCCAAGACCACUGUGUUUAGAACAAAUGCCCUUUCCUCUAUCACUUUUCAGGAUUACGGAGUGGAGCUAUGGCUGUACAGAACGCCGUACCUGGUGGACAUGGUGAACGAGAAGAUCGGACGCGUUCUGAAACUUGACUCUAUACAGAGCGGCAACGCCUGGAGAGGAAUGGACAUGCUCGUCUUCAACACUUGGCACUGGUGGACUCACACUGGAAGUUCCCAGCCGUGGGAUUACAUUCAAGACGGCAACAAAGUGGUGAAGGACAUGAACCGGUAUGUAGCCUAUUACAAAGGUCUCACCACUUGGGCCAGAUGGGUUAAUCUCAAUGUGGAUCCUUCUAAAACCAAGGUUUUCUUCCUGGGAAUCUCCCCCACCCAUUACGUUGGCAGAGAUUGGAGCCAGCCGGCGAGAUCGUGCUCCGGCGAAACAGAGCCUUACUUCGGAGGAAGGUAUCCGGCGGGGACGCCGAUGGCAUGGGUGGUGGUGAACAAGGUUCUGAGUAGGAUUAAAAAGCCGGUGGUGUUCCUCGACGUCACCACUCUGUCUCAGUACAGGAAGGACGGACAUCCGUCGGCAUACAGCGGGGAACACAGCGGCACCGAUUGUAGCCAUUGGUGCCUUCCUGGUUUGCCUGAUACCUGGAACGAGCUAUUGUACGCGCGUCUGUUUGCCUGAAAGUAUCGUAAAAAACCGAUUCAUAGAUCUCUGUUUGUUCUUCGUUUUCGUUUUUGAAUGCGCAGGGGAAGAAGAAGAAGAAUAAGGAUUAGAAAUUAAUUUAAUUUGUAAUUGUAAAUUGAAUUGUUGUUUGUUGAAUUGGAUUGGGGGAUGCAUUUACCUAAAUCCAUCACUUUCUUCCAACAUUAUUUGGAACACACUCACAAAUACUUACUUAUCC